CAAGCGUAUAGUUUACCAGCAGAGAAAGAAUUAUUUUUAUUAAUUUCUGAAAUAAUUUUGAAGAAUUUUAUAUACAAUGGCAUUAACCUACGAAGAUAGAGAAGUUAAUUUUGAUGUGUCCUUCUCUGAAAUGAGAUUAAGAUUGGGAGAAAAAGUAAUUGAUAAAUUGGACAACAUAGAAGACACAAAAGGCAAUGCAGGUGAUCGUGGACGUUUAAUCAUUACUAAUCUGAGGAUUCUUUGGCAUUCCAUGAUCAGUCCAAGAGUAAAUUUAAGUAUUGGAUUGAACACCAUAAUUUCAAUAAAUACAAAAAUUGUUAAUUCGAAAACUAAAGGAACCACACACGCUUUACACCUCCUAACAAUUUCUAAUGGUACCAGAUACGAAUUUAUAUUUACUAAUUUAGAGCAAGAUAAUAUGAGGCAUUUUACUUCAGUGGUUGGUGUUCACAAAGCUUUUAUAACAUCAAAGUUGUAUAGAGAACUGAAACUCAGAGGAGGUGUAGUACAUAACAAAAAAUUAAAGGUUUUACCUCUGGAACAGAUUUUUUCUAACAUCCAUGGCGUUUGGAACCUGUCAAGCGAUCAAGGCAGCCUGGGCACGUUCAUAGUCAGCAAUAUUCGCUUCGUUUGGUUUGCUGACGUCAACGAAGGAUUCAACAUAUCUUUACCAUACCUGCAAAUUGAAUCAAUUAAAAUUAGAGACUCCAAAUUUGGAAAUGCAUUGGUGAUAAGGAGUAACGAACGUAGCGGAAACUUCAUUCUUGGUUUUAAAGUUGAUCCAGAAGAAAAACUACAUAACCUUCUCAAAGAACUCACCUCUUUAUAUACUGUUUACAUGAAUAAUCCCAUUUAUGGAGUUGAGUAUAAAUGGAGUUUGCAAACUUCUGAAGCGCCUCAAACGAGCAACAUUUUUAACGACUUAGAAAUUGUAGAGGAUCCUAAGGAUGAAAUAAGCAACACUAUAUCUGCGUAUUUGGCUGAUGAGGGUCACGAAAAAGAUAGACCUCCUGUAUAUUCUGAAGAACUGGGAUUGGCAAUUGAAUCUGUUAAGGAGGGGUUUAGUUUAAAAAAAUUGUGGGAAGUUAUUCCAACGUAUUAAGA